GGUGAAAGUGGCAAGAGUACUUUCAUUAAACAGAUGAGGAUUAUUCAUGGAUCAGGCUACACAGAAGAAGACAGGAAAGGCUUCAGAAAACUGGUUUACCAAAACAUAUUUACUGCCAUGCAAGCAAUGAUCAGAGCCAUGGAUACUCUCAAGAUACAGUACACAUCUAAAGAGAAUGAGGUAAGUCAUGCUCAGAUGAUCAAAGAAGUGGAAGUGGAUAAAGUGACAGUGCUGGAAAGUAAACAAGUUGAAGCAAUCAAGAAGCUCUGGGAAGACCCAGGAAUUCAAGAAUGCUAUGACAGACGGAGGGAGUACCAGCUCUCAGAUUCUGCUAAGUAUUAUCUUACUGACCUUGAUCGUAUUGCUAUGCCCUCAUUUGUGCCAACUCAGCAAGAUAUUCUUAGAGUCCGAGUGCCAACUACAGGAAUUAUCGAGUAUCCUUUUGAUUUAGAAAAUAUUAUAUUUAGGAUGGUGGAUGUAGGUGGCCAAAGGUCAGAAAGAAGGAAGUGGAUCCAUUGCUUUGAAAGUGUUACUUCCAUCAUUUUCUUAGUUGCUUUAAGUGAAUAUGAUCAAGUCUUGGCAGAAUGUGAUAACGAGAAUCGAAUGGAAGAAAGCAAGGCCUUAUUUAAAACUAUUAUUACAUAUCCCUGGUUUCUGAAUUCUUCAGUUAUUUUGUUUUUGAAUAAAAAAGAUCUUCUAGAAGAGAAAAUCAUGUAUUCUCAUCUAAUUAGUUACUUUCCAGAAUACACAGGACCUAAACAAGAUGUCAAAGCUGCCAGAGACUUCAUUUUGAAGCUGUAUCAGGAUCAGAAUCCAGACAAGGAGAAAGUAAUCUAUUCCCACUUCACUUGUGCCACAGACACAGAAAAUAUUCGUUUUGUCUUUGCUGCUGUAAAGGACACGAUCCUGCAGUUAAACCUGAGGGAGUUCAACUUGGUUUAA